AUGGCUAGUCAGAAUUGUGAAACAAACGAACUAGAUGAAUCGUCAUCGGGUCAACAAUUAAAAAAUUUACCACCUGAUAAAUUAAUGGAAUGCGAAGCUAAAAGCGAAUCGGCAAUAUAUAAACAAACAUGGAUAUUUCGCUAUCACUUUGAACAAUGCGAUGAUAUUGUAGAAGCUGCUUUUCGUGUAGCCGAUUAUGUACCCGAAAGGCGGAAACAAUUGACAGCAAAUGGUGAUGUCAAUGAAGAAAAUAUAUGGAAAGAUACGAUUAUUCCAAUACUUGUUGAAAAUCUUAAACAAGAUGUCGAAUUUAGAGGCGUAGUAAUGGAAUCAUUUGCAGCAAUUAGAAGUUUGACAAUAACCAUACAAAAAGCCUAUAACAUUGUUAAUGAGUGUAAAGGUAGUGUAGUUUCUAUUAAGAUUGCUCAGAAAAACAUACCAAAUGCUUUAAAAAGAUUGGACGAAUGCUUUAAUAAAGCAAAAAACUUAGAUGAUAGUGCUAUAAAAAAAUUUGGUGAUGAAAUUAAUACUAUCUUAAACAUUAUUGGUCCAGAAGCAGCAACAUUCAUGGAAGAAAUAGUAAAGUUACAAGCUGAAAUCAAUAAAUGUUAUGAAGAAAAAAAUAAAUUAAUGGAACCUGUUGCAGAGCUAGAAGGUCUAUAA